AUGGAUUCUUUUAAAUUUGUUAGCGCAAGUCUCGAAAAAUUAGCUUCUUAUCUCGAUAAGAGCGAAUUGAAGAUCGCGCGGUCGGAAUUUUCCAACCUCGACGACGCCGAUUUCGAGCUCCUUACGCGAAAAGGCGUAUUUCCGUACGAGUACGUCGACGAUAUCGAUAAAUUGCGCGAGACUCGUUUACCACCGCGCGAGGCGUUCCGUAGUUCGCUGACCGGCGAUAUCGUAUCCGGCAGCGAUUACGAGCGCGCGAUAAAAGUUUGGGAGCGAUUUCGCGUUCGGACGCUAGGUGAAUAUAGCGAUUUGUAUUUAAAAACUGACGUUCUUCUGUUAGCUGAUAUUUUUGAAAAUUUUCGCGACGCGUGUAUGAAGAGCUAUGGUUUAGAUCCCGCGCAUUAUUACACGUUACCCGGAUAUACGUGGGACGCUAUGUUAAAGUAUACGGGUGUUCGAUUUGAACUUUUAACCGAUAUCGAUAUGGUGAUGUUCGUGGAACGCGGAAUACGCGGCGGACUAAGUCAGUGUUCCAAUAGAUACGCGCGCGCUAAUAACAAAUACUUACAAUCGUAUAAUCCUUCGGAACCAUCGUCGUAUCUUAUGUACUUCGAUGUAAACAAUUUAUACGGAUGGGCGAUGUGUCAAUCGUUGCCUUACGAGGAUUUUCAAUGGGUCGAGAAUGUUUCGAGUAUCGAUUUAAUGUCCGUGAUGCCGAAUUCGCCUACCGGUUAUAUUAUAGAAGUCGAUCUCGCGUAUCCGUCCAAUCUUCACGACUCUCACGCUGACUUGCCGUUUUGCCCGACGCGCGAUAAGCUGCCCGGAAAACGGCAGGAUAAACUUUUCGCCACGCUGUAUGAUAAGCACCAUUAUGUAACGCAUUAUCGUAACUUGCAACAAUGCGUUAAAUACGGAUUACGCGUUACGAGAAUACAUAGAAUAUUGCAAUUAGCGCAAUCUCCGUGGUUGCGCGAUUACAUCGAAUUGAACACGCGAUUGCGAAUUAACGCUAAAAAUGAAUUCGAGAAAAAUCUGUACAAAUUAAUGAACAAUGCCGUGUUCGGUAAAACUAUGGAGAACGUGCGUAAUCACUCGGACGUUCGACUAGUGACUCGGUGGGACGGGCGAUACGGCGCGGAAGCGAUGAUCGCUAAACCCAACUUUCAUAGUAGGAGCGUUUUCGCGGAAAAUUUAAUGGCUGUAGAACUGCGCAAACUGGAAGUUAAAUUUUACAAACCGAUUUACGUAGGAAUGUGUAUCCUCGAUAUAUCGAAAAUUCGUUUGUACGAAUUUCAUUACGAGUAUAUGUUAUCGUUGUAUCGAGACAAGUACAAAAUAAUGUACACCGACACGGACAGUCUUAUUUAUCGCGUCGAGUGCGAAGACGUGUAUGAGGAUAUGAAGCGCGAUAUCGAUAGAUUCGACACGAGCGAUUACGCGACGGACAAUGCGUACGGUAUGCCUCUUGUUAACACGUUCCAUGCCACGUGUACCAUUUAUGGUACACGCUAA